AUGGACGACUAUCUCGAUCGUCGAGCCCCACGAGGCAGCAGCAGCGGCGCCGAAACCCCUAGGUUUGGUUGCAAUGAUUCGGAUUGGCUAAGGAAAAGCGCUAUCACCAGGGCUAUGGUGAAUGCAAUGACCGAGCCCACCUCCGAAGGCCGGUCCGCUCAAUCACCUCGUCAUCACACCGCCAAAGCUUCUCCAGACCACUCCGCUAACGACUUCUCUGGUUCAUCUAUUGGAGAUCCCAACAGCUGGCUGCUUCCACACCCAUUCAGACAACGGGACGAGUUACCCCUUUUUGAGCAGACUCCAAAUGAAGAGAGCGAGGAAGUUGACGACAAUUGGCAUCCACAUUCUGCUUACCGAACUCAGAAUCUGUCCAACACAGGAACUCCAGUUCCCAGGGAAGCCGGAAGAACGAGAAAUUCAACAAAGCAGUCACCUUACUUCCUGAGGGCCAAAGACUUUCGUACUCUCGAUCCAAUCGAGGAGGAUGUUGCCAGCAGCCUACACGGCACAGACCUGUACAGUCGUCCAGCGCAGUCACGGCUUCAAGAAAAUGCUGGUAACUUCGCAACUCAUUCGUCCGAUCGUCCUACCUACCCUGAGACAGACAUGAUCUCACCUCGACACUCGAACAUGCCGCAGCACCAGCAUCAUCGUCACACCCAGCAUGCGCUGAACACGCAGUACGAUGUUGUUCCCAGUACACUGGGCUCUGAAACAGUAUUCUACACUCCGUCUAGUACUCGCCGCGGCCAGCUAGUCUCCCCCGACCUUUCUCAGUCUCCUGGCAGCGAAUUUGAGGGUGCUGUUACUCCGUCGGUUAUCAGCAGAGCAGUGACCCACACCCUUACCCCAACCACGUCUCCGUAUAGACGAGAUAUAAGGCCAGGUCGUACGCAUGAUCGCUCUGAAGCGGCGAACGAGGUUCCUGGACGUGGGACUGUCCUGAGAACUUUCGCGGAUCCCCGCCAUGAUACACGUCAGGACUCCUCGAUUCUCAGCCCUUUGGCGCGGCCGACUGAUUUCCAAUAUUUGCCUCGGAGCGGGGGAUCCUCCGGUGGACCCCUCCAUAACGCGCAUCUAAACCGAGAGGAAGACGAACUGAUGAGUAUUAUUCUUAGCUUGGACUUGAGUUCCGACUCCGAGUCGGAUGAUGACGACAUGCUCGAUUCUCGUCCCGCAGUCCGUCGGGUUCCAGAUACACCUGAUAACAGAGGGCUGAGAGGAGACUCAUCGGAGCUCGGCGAGGAACAAGACAGCGUUGUUUGUGCCAUUUCAGAGAGCCGCUCAUCGGAUAUCAUCGGUGUGGCUGUCAUCAACGCAACUGUCGGACAAGUCGACCUCUUCAGAGUCGUGAACGAUGACAAGUACUGGCGGCUGGUCGAGACUCUCGGGGGAAUGGAAACCCGUCCACAGACCUUCCUUGUGCUGAAGAGCGUGAUUGAUGGGCCUAACAAGUCUUCUCUUGUGCGAUGCCUCAUGCAGGAGUUCCCUGACGUAGAUGUGGUGCCUCUGGGGAGAGACCACUGGAACGAGUCCGAGGGCCUGCGAAUGAUUGACCGCUUUGCUUGGCGGAAAGAUGUCAAGGCCCUCCGUAAGGAGCUUGAGCACAACUUCUAUGUCUCAUGUGCUUUCUCUGCGGUGAUGGCCUACGUCGAGGAGGACACGGAUGUGAUCUUCAGGGAGAACUCAUUGCGCAUCAAGUACAGACAGCCUGCCGAUACCAUGGGGCUUGACAGGGCUACCAUUUCCUCCUUGGAGCUGUUUCAGAAUACCCGCAAUGCAAAGGGCGUGUCCUCGACGCUGUUCGGACUGCUAAACAAUUCACUCACGCCCCAAGGUCGGCGAAUGAUACGGUCAGCAGUUUUACAGCCGAGCACGAACAGAGACGAGAUUGUGGCGCGUCAUGAAGCCGUCGAGGAGCUAUCAAGCAACGAAGACCUGUUCACGGAGGUGCGUGCCAGUCUCAAGCAACUCGUCCACAUAGAUGUCGAACGAUCCAUUCCAUGGGUCGCUGCGAAGAGCGAAGAAGCGCGCCUCCCGUUGGAAGACGGUGUAGCCCUGUUCGAGGGUCAUCAUCAGAUCGUCAUGUCCAGCCACGAGGACCUCCAAAGGGCAGAGAAGGAUUUGAACCACGUUCUCAUGAUCAAAGCAUAUCUUGGAGGUGUCAAUGCAAUCCGACAAACCCUGGAGGCAUCGAACUGCACGAGCGAUUUGUGUAAAUGGGUCCUGGAGAAGUGUGCACCUGAAAACACAUCGGCUAUCAAUGAGCUUAUUGAGAGUGCCGUGGAAGAGGGCGCCACCUACAGCAAGGCACCGAUAGAUGUCAGGAACAACAGAUUGUGGGCAUUAAAGGCCGAGCCCAAUGGGGUUCUGGAACGAGCUCGCCAGCUAUACCGAGACUACACGAAUGAACUGCACCAGUAUGUAGAAGAACUCAACAAGACGUUUCAAGAACAGCUGGGCACCACACCAGACCUUCGACUCGGAAAUGACAACCACUAUUACUUCCGGUUUCAGUGGUCCGAUGUCGGACGAGAGGUCGCUAGGCACCAAACAAGACUUCAACGCCGCCUCGGCGGCGUGGAAACUAUUAACGGCAUUCGGCGCAAGCAAUACUACGAUUGCCAGACCAUCCACCUCAUCCAGAAAAGUAGUCGGAUUCAGCGGCAGGCCGACAUCGUAACAGCGCAAAACGACAGAUUCGUGCUCGAUCUGAAAAACUCCCUGCUAGAGCAUGCGGAAACCCUGCUAUCUGUCAACGAAGCCACUGCUGUCCUGGACAUGCUGUGCUCCUUCGCCCACCUAGCCACGACUCGGAACUACGUCAGGCCCAUCAUAUCCGAUAAUUUGGUCCUUAAGGACGCAAGGCACCCAGUGCUGGAGGUCAGGAAGCAGAACAUCGUGCCAAACGACGUCUACUCGGGAGACCAAGCGGCCCGCUUCCAAGUCGUCACCGGCGGAAACAUGAGCGGCAAGAGCACCUUCAUCAGGACAAUUGCGCUGAUCCAGAUAUUGGCGCAGAUUGGGAGUUUUGUUCCGGCGAGGUAUGCUGCGGUUCCCAUCUGUGAUCGCCUAUUCACCCGCUUGUCGACCGAAGAUAAACCAGAGAGCAACCUAGGCACGUUUGCCGUAGAGAUGACGGAGAUGAACGUGAUACUAAGGCAAGCUACCAAGGACAGUCUAAUCAUCAUCGACGAACUCGGCCGCGGGACAUCGCCCAAAGAAGGAUUGGCCAUCGCUCUCGCUAUGUCAGAGAAGCUUAUCAAGACCGGAUCUCGGGUAUUCUUUGCAACACAUUUCACUGAGCUCGCGCGCGUCCUGAACGCUACAAAACGCAACAAUGUCUUGACAGUGCACAUCUCGAGCGAGAGCACCAAGCACGGCGAGACUUCACAGAUCCAUCUACCGCAUACUGUCGCCCCCGGUCCGGUCAAAAACGAAGACUAUGGCUUGGAUCUAGCCCGCCUUGUCCUGCCCGACCGCGUCAUCAAGAACGCCGAACCCCUGAAGUCCACCAUGGACGACUCCGCGCUUGCCUCCUACCUGAUGAAGCUGCAGACGGAGUUUACCAUCAGAAUGGACAUGGCUGCCGAUGACAAGCCAACAGAAGAAGACCACCGGAAUGCGAAUAAGACCAGCCAGGGCGCCGCCGAGAGACCCGUCCUCGAGAAGCCAAGCGAAGAAGAAGUGGAGGAAUGGAGGAAGAAGUGUGACGCGGCAGAGAGGAGGGUCAUGCAUGCCAACAUGGCUGCCUCGCGAGAGCGGAAGCGCCGAGUCACAGGAGAGGGGCGCAGCGAGUACUACUACGAGCCAAAGCGCAUGAAGACGGACGACGAUGAGUCGAAAAGCGUAGUAUCCCGAUUCACGCCCAUCAACCGACGAUCUAUGAUCGACGAGUUCCGCGAAGGCACCCGCGCCUCUACCACCACUGGAGCGGACACGCCGAGUAGCUUUAUCAUGGACAUAUCCGAUUUGGACGACGAGGAAUCGCUCGCGGCGGAGGUGAAACGCAUAGCCCCCGUGGACGCGUCGUCCACGGUAGCGAUCGACUCUGGUAGCCGUUCUAGGGCUGUGUCCAUUUCUUCUGACAGUUCAGUGGAUGAUGGCAUUCAAAACACCGUGGAAGACCAGGCAGCCGAGGGGCCAAGCGGCACGCCCUCUCCGGAACCACCUCAGCCUCAGCCUCUUGAAGCCUUCCAGCCACUCAAGGCCUGGUAUACUAGUCGGGGGAUCGUAUAUGACGGGGGACGCCCGGGGCCCGUCGAGACCGAGUCGAUUUGA